GCCUCCCCAGCCUGCCCCUCUCCUCUCCGCCCCUCCUCUCCCAUCCUCCCCGGGCGUGUGCGCCUGGAUCACGGCUCCAUCCAGCGGAGCUCCCGGUGAAGAAGCGCAGCGGGGAGACGAUGAAAAGCGAAGCGAUGGAGCUGCGACAGGAGUGAGAGCCACACACAGGGAAGCGGGCACAGGCUCCAGGCUCAAUUGAGGAACAGAGAGAAAAGGGAGCGUGAGGACCGAAGAAGAAACGUAAGGUUGUGGUUUCUGACCCCAUGUCUGCCCCUGCUCCAGCCAAUCGGAGGUCUGGGUCUGGCUCACGCCGGUUUGACUACUGCAGGUUCAUAGAGCUAGACUACGUUCCCAUGGAGACAGGCUAUAUGGUCUCAAUGCGUCCAACUAAAGGCUCUCCAUCGACCAAGUCUCCAAGUAAAGGAUACACCUCCACCAAGUCUCCGGACCGCCACAACCGUUCCACAAACUCUCCCUCCACCCCUCGUUCUCGGCGGACUCCUGCCACACCCAGUAAUAGAGAUCCCUAUGGCAACGCCUCUUUCAGCAGCAGCAGCAACUCAGGCUCUUGUAAAGGCAGCGACUGCAGCCCAACCAAAGGACGUCACCAGAAGUACACUUCAUGUACAGACAACCAUGGUAUUCGGCCACCUCCACCAGAGCAGUACCUCACACCCCUACAGCAGAAGGAGGUGUGUAUCCGACACCUGCGGUCCAGGCUAAAGGAAACCAUAACCACACUGCAAGACAGGGACACAGAGAUAGAUUCGCUGAGAGGCCAGCUUUACAGGAUGCAGGAAGACUGGGUUGAGGAGGAGUGUCACCGUGUAGAGGCUCAGCUGGCCCUGAAGGAGGCGCGUCAGGAGAUCCAGCAGCUCAAACAGGCUGUGGACACUGUACGGUUGAGGCUCAGUGAUGCAGGAGGAUCCAGUGGGGAUAUAGGGGUCCAGAAGUACUUCCAGGACAUUAACACUCAGAACCACAAGCUUGAGAACCUUUUGCUCAAUAUGGAGUUAGCCCAGGCUGGAUUAGCCAAAGAGGGGGAGGUCUUACCAGGCUAUCGAACCCGUGUUGGGGGUUCCGCGCCAGCAUCAGUAUCUGGGGAGAGUCCAGGGGGAAUACCCAAACCUGGAAUAGGAGGCAGGGGGUCUUGCUCCUGCGAUGGUUCUCCAGCGCGUUCUCUGACCCGGAGCUCCACCUACACUAAGCUCACUGAUCAGGCAGAUCAGAAUGGCAAUGGACAUGACUUCCCUUGUUUGUCAGGUGAUGGCACCCAGGACAGUGGCUUUGUGUGCUGUGGGGAGAGCAGCAUUCCCAGCCGGGCCGAUUUGCUGCUGGAGGCUGCCUUUCUCUCUGAGGAAACAGCAGCACUACUCAACUCCUACACACAAACCUUCUCCCAGUCUCUGCCCAACUAUAUGCCCAACUCGCUGCCCAACUCUUUGCCCAACUCUCUGCCCAACUCUCUGCCUCACACCUACUCCCAUACCUUACCUCGUUCUUUCCCUCACAAUUUGUCCCACUCUGUUCCCCACACUAUGCCACACUCAUCCACCUACGAGAAGCUGUGCACAAGUGAACGGAUUAUGCCCUUUCGUUGUGGCCUGGGUGAAGUGGGCUGUAUGAGCCACCCCUGCCUGUCCCACCACCACCUGUACCUGCAUCCCCUUCGAGAAAUGGGCAUUCAGACUGAAAGUUGCCCCAUUCCUGCUACAGCAGGUUACCCCUCUGAUCUAGAUACCAUUGCAGAGCAACGCACUUUUCGCUCUCAGGCUUGCAGCCCUACCUCCACCUGGAUGUCUGAUGAGGGGGAGGAGGACCUAGACUCCAUCACCACCACAACUUCAGUGACCACAGCGACUUUAAUGAGUACAGCAACAGAGCCAAUCCCGGCCUCCAAAACAACAUUGGUCUCUCCUUUACCACGGUCUGCUACUAUGACAUUCACACUGGAGAGACCUUCAUGUGUCGGCAAAGAGGGAGUGGAGGAAGAGGAAAAGGAGGAGAUGGAAAAGAGAGAGAAUGCAACAUAUGCAAAUGCUGAAUCAACAGAGAUGCAUAAUGACACAACAUUGAUCAAGCCGGAGGGUGAUGUGAAUCAGAGGCAGGGCGCAGUAGGAGGAACUGAGGUUGAAAGGCAAGGUGCAGUGGAGGAGGCGGAAUCAGAAAAACUGUGUGACUUAUCAGAAACAUCAUCAGGGAUGCAUGAUGAGCUUAAAUUUGCAGGAUGUUGUGGAGAGAGCAGGCAGAAUGGAAAAACAAAGAAAAACCUCACCGCGGAAGAAGUAGGUCUAUCCGCAGGAUCAACUCAAGUCGAGACAGCACAGCUGAGUCCAAGUCAGUCAGAAUUAUCACCAGGCGUAGAGAUGCCACAUACCUCCCAGCCGAGGAGAUCUGCUUCCCAUGAGGAGAUAGCUGGCAUCACUGUCGUAGAGGUUAACGAUGAGGAUGAAGACGAGAAUAAAACUAAAGAAAAAGUCACAGCAGAGGGUGCCGCAGCAGAGCAGGAACAUUCGUCUGACUCCGAGACAAUUGAGAAAAGCUACUGGAGUCGUCACUUCCUAGUUGAUCUGUUAGCAGUGGCCAUCCCAGUGGUACCAACAGUGGCAUGGCUGUGCCGCGGUCCAGUCCGUGACAGACUGCCCAUGUAUCAUAUAGGGUCACUGCUGCGAGGCUGUUGCACUGUGGCACUGCACUCGCUGCGCAGGGGAGGUGGAUUGAGGCAUUACCCCGCAGGCGGGGGAGAUUUGGGUGGAUCCCAGAUAUGAGAGGAGAAUACGUCCAGCACUUCUAUGGUCAUUAAAUGUAGCCCCUCUCGUAUGGGUAUGGGUCAAAAUAUGUUUUAGGAGAAGAAGAGAAAGUCCUACAUUUCUUGUGUUAAAGCUGAGAGAGGCUGCAGGAACAGGAAACAUGCAUUCAUGACUUUGAUCUCUGACCUUUAAUCUGUUGUGUGUGGUUUUAUUGUCUCUUGCCCACUUAUUCCUGCUGUUGCUAACAAUAUGUCUGCUAACACUACUGACUUGUGCAAAACUGAAUGAGCUGACUUAAAUGAAUGAUUAAUGCUUGGAUGUUUGCUCUGAAUGUUUUGUUUUUAUGUGCAGGGAAAAUGUUAAAGAUCCAUUAAUCUGCCAACCUAUUAAUCUGACUCACAUUUGGCAUGUUAAAAUGAUCAUGUGUAGAUGAGUGAGAACAUGAAAUGUGGUAUGUGUGUGUACAUGUUGUAUGCACAUGUAACCAAAUAGUCUUCAAAUAGAAUCCACCCUAAUUCAGAAUCCAUACAUUUCCUAAAUGUUUUGGGUUCUCUUUUGAGUGUUAACGUCAUCAACUGAUCAAGAACAAUAAUGCAGACACAGAGCUCAAGUUGAUUCUAAAAAGGUAGAAAUACAUUGAACAAAGUAAGGCUGCCAAGUACCACGAAGACAUUUUACUGCUGAUUCCACCAUUGUUCCCAUUCCAACUCUGAAUAUUGGGCUUUUUUUUUCGUUAUGGUGGUUUUGUACUGGUGGCCAUUCAUUUAGUUUAAUUUGAACUAGUUUCUCACUAAGGGCUAAAGCCUGAGUAGUGAUGAACUCCCCUUGAUAAACUGUAGGGAGUUCAUAGGAAGCUGCAGCCAGCAGGCAUUAGCUUAGCUUAGCAUGCAGACCGAAAGAAUGAAGGCAUGGCUAACCUCAGCAGCCUGAGGAACCUGAACCCCACAAGUUCAAUUUAUAGGAUGUUAAGUGCAUAAAGUCUAACUUGUUAGUAAAAUGUAGAGUUGCUAGGACUUUGGACACAUUUCCAAACUCUAGUUCUGUACUUAAUGUUGUGACUUAGUACAAAGCCAUGACCGAGUUGGAGGUUUGACAAAAAACUGAAACUGAUUGUCAGGGCAGAUCAGGAUAAUUAAUGAAUUGAAUAAGCAAUGGAAAUCAAUUGUUUGAUCUUAUUCGCCAAAUGAGGAUUUGAUAGAAAGACAGAAAGCAGACAAUCACUUCCUUUUGGUUUUAUAUUCCUAUUCCCAAGGGACACAUUUAUAUUCUUUCUUUCAAUAGGAUUUUGCAGUAUAAUCGAAACUUAAUGAAUAGGAGCUUCGUCCACAGCCAACAUAUAACAAACUCCCCAACGCAUAGUGAGCCAUUAAAGAGCAGUUAGACAUUUCGGGGGAAAUGUGCGUACUAUAGCCUUCUUGCGCAAAGUGAUUGAUAUCAUAUCCCCAAGCUAGCAGCUGGUUAAGAGCUUAGCUUUGUUUAUUUUAGCUUUGUUUAGCAUAACGGCAGGUAGCAGAGAGAAUCAGCUAACCUGGCUCGGCUGUACAGCUCACUACAGCUGAGUUCAGACAUUUUCAGACGCACAUUAGUCUUUCACUUAUGAACAAAGAAGUAGGAGAUUCUCUGGUCAGAUGUGUUCAUAACAACACAAAAUCUCCCUGGAGUGUAAGGCUGAGGGGUGGUGGAGCAGGCAGAAGCAGGACGUAACAUAUUAAUUCCACAGCAGAGAUCACAGCUUUUAGUUUACAGCACAUCAACAUCGACGUGGCCCUCAUCACCAAAAGAUCUCAAAUCUGGUUGACUUUUCCAUAAAGCAUAAAUUAUGGUUUUACACUGUGAAGUGUGCUGGAACGAUUUAGCAACACCUCUCUUUGUUUUGUUUGUUUGUGUUCAUUUUAAAAGCCUUUCUAAAUUAAAGGAUGAGUAUUUAGGUUUGAUACUGUUCUACAAUAAUCUGGCUCAACUCGAGUGUGUCGAGUGUAUUAGAGCUCUCAGGGUUUCCAAUACAAUAUGUCAAUAGGGAAAUAUUUGUUGUUUCCAGCAAAAGCAGAUAAAAUUAAUAUAAUAAAAUAUUUCUCCAUAUACAUACAUCUUUCAUUGGAACAAGAUAACCAAAACAUUAACUCAAAUGUUGUCAAUCUAUUACUUGAAGGUUCAGUGUGUAAAUCUAGUGACAUCUACUGGUGAGUUGCAAGUUGCAGCUGAAUAUCUAAAUCUUACAAACGGGACCUCUAAGGAUAUACAAAAUCAACCAUUAACAAAACAUCAACACAAUUUCCCAGGAUAAAAACCAAAUGUGUCCACUGUUAAAUCACCAAAAAAGGCAAACUCACUUUUUCAUUUACACAGUCUGAACUUUGAACGUUGAGGCCUCCACCAUGAGACCAGCCAGGUGUGUUUGUUCUGAAGGGAUGUUUCAGGUGAGCGGACUUCCUGUAUAGAUUCUGGGGGUGGAGCCACAGGGAGCAGUAGGAGGGGAUUUUCCACAGGCUUUCGUCUAUGGGAUAAAAUACUGAAAACAACAGGGAAAUUAUGUUUUAGAGUGGAAUUUUGCCAGUCCUCAGUCCUAUGAUUGAUCGACAUACCCUGUAUCUUGCAUCUGAAGCAAACAUCAAAUAUUAUCAACCGAUGUGGUUGAACAGGAGAAGUCAUGUAAAAUCAGAGAUCUGUUUGUAGAUACUCACUGGCCCAGUGUGACACUUUGAUGUAAAUCUGAAUGAAGUGAGCCGUGCUCAGUCCAUGCGCUGUAAAUUUCUGCUUACUUUAAUGCGUCUGUGGUGUAGUUUAACCGUCACUCUGGUUGUGUGUAUUUCAAGUCCACUGUGCAAGCAUUUCUAGACACAACACCAUAUGUUACAUGACACUCACUAUGUGAUAUAAUAAUAAGGUAUCUGGCUUUGGGCUUACAUUUGGGAUCAGAGUGUGUUCUUUUGUGUGAAUGUGUGUUUUAUGAGAGGACUUCGAUGAAAGUGACAUGUCGAUUUGCUGCUGUUCUGCAGAUGUUGGAUUUUAAAUGUUACAAGGGCACGUGAGUGACUCUGAAAGAAGAAAACUCGGCCAACUGUCAGAGACCCUUGCGCCAACUGUGGAUCGCUCAAAAAACAACUGGACACAAACCUGCAAAAGGAGUCCAACAACAACUGAACUGAAUAAACAGUGCGAAUCAUGUUUUUUUUGUUUUGGUUAUUUUUAACUAUUUGGUUGGCAUAUUUGCACAAUGUUCACUUAAAUAAUUUUAAGCAAUUAUUUGAAGUUGAGAUUGUUUGGAAGUGUUGUGUGUCCACUGAGUUCAGAUAAAAUGUCCUGUUGGUCUGUUGCGUCAUCAAGUUUGACACAGUGCUGUCGGUGAUUGUGGCCACAAAAAAUCCGCAGGAAAUUUCAUAUAUGAAAAUGCAGAUAUUUCAGGUACAAAAUAGUAUCAAACACGUGUGAAUACUGCAGACCAGUUUCCUUUCAUCUGUGAGAGGAGCCUUUGAUCUGAGCUCUACAUGUACAGUAUCUACAGGCCACAGCAGCUCUCACAAACAUUUAAGUCUAAAUGCUGUUUUUAAAAUCCCAAACAGGCAGAGAAUGAGCAGUGUUUAUGAUAACUGGUCAAAAAGGUGUGAUUGUCAGACAUCAGUGACAAAUCAUGACGAGCCAUGAAAAGAUUGAGUGGAUGCCUGGAGGUACAGGACUGCCCCCCCCCCGGUCACACUCAUCCAUCACCUCUCCGCUGUAAGUGACACACGUCUUGGCUGACGUGGAUUAGCAGUUUGAAAUUUCAUGUUUUACAAAAAGCCAUACAAGCCUGUGAGGGAGCAGGUGUGCGAAUGUGAUUGUUAAUCUCAAUAUUAAUGUACUGUGUAAAGAAAUGAUGAGAGUGAUGGCGAGUGUAUGCCUGCACUGUACUGUGGUUUGAGUGUGGUGCGGUCACCUAACACAGGCUGUGGGAACAGAAACAGGGUGUCAGAGCAGAAGAGAGGGUGGAGGUGGGGAACUUGUGAUACUGUGUUUCGAGGUUCAGGAGUUCAGGUUUGUUGUGGGAAGCAGCGAUCAACUCAGCACUGUUAAUUUACCUCUAUGCACAGCUGCAUUAUGUGGUCAUAUGUCUGAUAAGUUUAUUCUCUCAAAGCUCUUAUUGUAAAGUCGUGAGACGAGUGAUGACCAAGAAGUUGGAUUUCUAGCGUUUCACAAAGAUCCGAAAGUCCUAAAAGUUUUUUUUUUUUAAUUUUGUGCGGUUCAUUAUCUUGUUUGAACGAGUUAAGCUCAGUGUCUCCUGCACACAGGCUUUUGUGGAACUAGCAUUUCUAAAUGAUCUUGUACAUGGAGUUAUUAUAGUUUCACAAGAUGCAACUAGUGUGCAUGUGACCACAAGACUAUAAAUUAUAUAUAUAUAUAUAUAUUAAUUAACACAGACCUUGAGCUUUUUUGCAUAUAUUAUCAUUUUUGCACAUGUUAUAUUGUUGUUAUUACCACAAGUUUUUAUCUUGUUUGCAUAUUAUCUUAUCUUAUACUAACUUAUUGGCAAAAAGUCAUCUUUUAUUUAAUUGUUCACAAGUUACACACAAUCCUUUUUAACUCUCCCUAGAAAAUAAACACGAUAUUGUUCACAUGUUAAUAACUUGUGUAUCUUCCACACAAUAUGGAUCAUAGACAUACAAGUUACGCACAGGUUAUUGUUAAAUCUCUCCAAUUGUGCUACUUUUAUGCUUAUCUUGAAUUUCCAUUUAAGAUAGUAACAAAUGUAGGCAAAUUAUUAUCCUGCAAACACUAAAUCAAUCUUUUUGUAAUGGGACUUUGGGGACUUUGUAUUCAUUAGCUUGUUGUCUUUGAUUUAAUAUGUUUUCAAUGUUUAGAGAGACCUGUAUUAAACCUGCAUGACUUCACUUACUCAAGCAGGUUUGGUGACAGUCACAUCUUAAAUCUCCUACAUUUAGCUGAUUAAUAUUCAAACAUCAUGGGCUUCAGCGGUCUUCGUUGGGAUUCUGACAGUCCAGUAAUGUUAAAUGUUGGAGUCCCAGCAGAGGCUUCAGACUCGUCGGGAUGUGACUGUAAAGUUUCCUCCAAUCAAUCUUGACCGUACAGCACUUUAUCAAAAGAUCCUUGUAACGCAGGGUAGGCCGUUCGGCUGUCCCUCACUGUACCUCUGCAGUGACCCCUCUCUGUCCCAUAAUACACCUGAACUUCCUGCUGUGGUGUGAGGUUGUGUCAGUGUACGAUGUGAGGCAGUGACUGGUUGAUUAUAUACUACGUAUAUCCUUAGACAUACUUAAUGCUGAAUAUUUCCUGGGGACAACAGGAGGAGGUGGGAGGGGAGUUUGCCUUUUUUUGUUGUUGUCAAUAUCUGAACAUGAGAUUUCAUUUUAUGCUUUAUUUCUUGUCUGAUUGUCUGAAUAUAUGUUCCAUAGACUAUGUAAUGAAAAUUAAUGUAUACAGAGUUUAUAUCCAGUCUUCUAACAUUCUGCCAUUGAGGUCAUUCAAAGCCUUGUUUAGUCAAUCAGUGGCCAUCUUUGGUAUCUACAGAUAAUGUGUUGUAAAUUAACUAUUUUAAUGGCAAUAGUAGUGUGUACAGUAUAAUACAUCAGUAGACUACUUCUCCAUUCACACUCCCACCACACUGUGUAAAGAAAGAGCAGAAGACCCUAUAUUAAACAGCAU